AUGGAAGAAUAACUCAUAAAUGUAAUAUUCGAUCCCAAUUUCUAAUCUUUUGAUUAAGAAUUGGCCAACUUAAGUAUGGAUAAAAUGAUGAGUAUCCAAUUCUCAGAAGAAUUGUUACAAAAAAAUUUUGCAGUUUUGAUAUCUAUAUUAAAACAAUUGCAUAAGGGAAUGGUGUUGUUGAAUUCUAGAGUUUAAGACAAUUCGGACUGGGUACAGAAACUGAAAGAAGUAAGUGAAACUCCUGAAACCAAGUAAUAGAGCAAAGACACAAUUGAUCAAAUCACUUCAAAAUUAUAGGAAUUGCAGGAAGCAACUUAGAAGGACUAGGCAGCUAAGGAAGAAAUUCAGAAAGACUAUGCAACUAAGGAAGAAUUAGAUUAGACAGCCCAGAGAUUUAAUAGAAUCGUAAAAUAAUAGGAACAAUCCUUGUUGGAUUUAGAAAGUGAAUAAACUGCAUAAGCCAAGAAAAUAGAAGAUCUAAAUAAUACUCAAACUCAACAAUCCCAGUUGAUAAACUAAUUGAAUCAAGAAAUCGAAAAUAUCAAGAGAUAGAUGAAUGGUUUCUAAGAUGAGUUGCAUGAAGUGGAAGAACGCAAACCGGAAUAGAUUAUAGUAGAGAAGGAAAUAAUCAAGGAAACUCCAGUUUAACCUAUGGCUCUCCCUAUUCAAUAUAAUGGAAAUGAUGAAUAAAUCAACAAAUUAAAUCAAAUAGUUCAAGAAUUAAAAUAAAAACAAGAAUAAUAAUCAUAAGAACUAGUAGAUUUAAAGGAAGCAUUGAGCAAAAUUAAAAUUCCUGAAGAAAAUCCUCCAGUUGACUUAUCGGAUAUCAAUAAGAAAUUAGAUGGUCAUGAAGAGGAGAUCUAGUCUUUAUUCGAAAUAGUAGAUAGUGUGAGAUAGAAAUUAAAGGAUUAAAACAAUAACUAAUAAUCUGAUGUUUCGAGUGAGGAGUUAAAUUAGAUCAAAAGUGAUAUAAAGAAAUUGCAAUCACAAAUUGAGGCUUUGUAGACUUAAUUAAACUUAGCCACAUUUGGAUAAGGAUAAGACAUGCAAGAGAAUUAGGUUGCUUUAAUCUUAGUAGAAAUAAAUAAAUUAAGAGAUCAAUUAUAAAAUUAUUGUACAACAACAGACUUCUAGAAUGAGAAUACAAAAAAGGAAAUGAAAAUGAAGAGUGUUUAAGAUCAUGCAGAUGAAGAGUUAGAAAAAGCAAGAAGGGAAUUCAAAAGUAAAAAUGACAAGAAAGCAGAGCAGACAGAUAUUGCCAAACUGGAAAAGGACAUAAGCUAAUUGAGAGAGCAAUUAGGAAAAUCUUAAUAAAGAUAAUCGUCGAUGCAAAUUGAAACACCACUGAGACACUCGAAUAAUGACAAAGAACUAUUACAUUAGAUUAAGGAAUUGUAAUAAUCAAUAAAAGAAAUUGAAAAUGAUUUAUUAAUUCACAAAACAUAAAUGAAUUAGAAUAAUCAACAAACUCAUGUGAAGUUGGCCGAAUUAGAAAAGAAGAUCCAAGGCAUCUAGACUGAUAAAAUUUAUAUUGAACUUUAGAAUUAAAGAGAAUAGAUGGAUUUGAUUAAACGUGAUUAAGAUCAGAAUAAAAUAAAGAUAAACAAUUUUGGAAAGAAAAUUGAAUCAAUUGUAACAAAGGAUGAAUUAUUCUAAACUUUUGAUCCUAAAAUCAAAUAAGUAAGAGAUGAUAUCCAAAGAAUUGGAGAUGAAACCAAAUUGAGUAUAGACAGAAAAGCUGAUGCUUAGGAAGUCAAAGAUUUGAAUCAAGCAUUUUUGGAUUAAUUACAAAAGGUUGUCACUGAACUUAUCAAAACAUUGGCUAAUAAAUAAGAAACUAAAAAAGCACUUAUAUAUCUGGAAUAGAAAAUUAAUUAAAUAUUUAUGAUACUAGAAGGUGAUGGAUCCAAAGAUUAGGAUUCAUUGUUUGUUAAGAAACCUCUCUCUUAUAGUUGUGCCUCAUGUGACAAGGAAUUAGACAAAUACAAAGGAUAAUUGGGAGAUUUCAAAAAUUGGGCAGUCUUCCCUCCGAAAGAAACCUCCCCUGAGAGAAUGGGCAAGUUCGGAAUUGGAUAUAAGAAUAUGCAAGAGAAAUUGAAAUCUAACAGAGAAAAAUUGGAAAAGGAUAGGAGUUAGAAUGAAAAAGAAUCCAGUUAACAUUAAUAAAGCAUGACAUUAAGUCAAAGUCAAACAUAAUUACCAAAAAUUAAAUAAUGA